AUGGCGGCCAACAACCUACGAAGCACUUACCAGCAAUACAAACACGAUACGGAUGUCGUGGCAUCAUGGCUCGCGACUACAGCCAAGUCAUUUGGCUACAACAAGCCCCUCGAACCACCUGCUCCCACGGAACAGAAAACGCAAAGACUCAAAGGCAAAGCCAGAAAAGCCGGAAAUACUGCGCAGAGUGGAUCAGACAAGCAGACGUCUAGUCCGAAAUACACCCUUGCUAUCAAGGAUUUCAUACCUUUGUCUGCUCACAUCGCCGGUGUCAAAGGCAGCAACGUAGAGGUUCCGGACUACUUCAACGUUGCACUCGAUAGAGUGAUCUCUGUUCGAAGUGCUUUCUCGAAAAAGCUGGCAGCUGCCGGCGAAGCCGUCGACAAGCCGUCUGAUGACCGUCACAGCUUUUUUGUCACUGUCUUGGAAAGCGUGCGCGACGCACUCAAGCCUUUGAUACGGACCAAUGCACUCGAUCUCAACAGCAUCAAGAAUGCCACGCCAAGGAGUGACAAAGACCGAGUCAGACAGACUAGAGUUCGCAAUAUCUUCGAAGUCUUGGAUGUGUAUGAGCCAUCGGCGGAGUUUCUCGCUGCACCAGAUGUCGCACCUCCGCCGAAGCCUGUGGAACUGGACUACACUGCUGAAUCGUGGAACGACUCCGUCAUUGAAGCCUUUAUGGCAAUGACCAUGUUGAUGGAUGACCUCUCUCGCCUUCGUGCUGAGAUUGCAGACCUGUGGGGUCGACAUCAUGCGAGAGAACUCGACCUGGCAACUGUGUCGGUAGCGACCAACACAGCAAUCCAGCUUGCGCACAGCAUGGAAGAUGAAGUCUACCCAGUGAUCAAGCAUCUGGUUGAAAGCGUGCCAUUCCACGAGGUGUACUUCUUGGCUAUCGCCAAAGAAGCUGGCGCUGAUCCCCAAGCGAAAGGCUGGUUCUGCUGGUCGGACGACUACAACUUCAAAGCCUACGACAUCGCGGAUGCCCUGUUUGUCAACGCCCGUUAUGGUCUUCUGGUCUACCUCAACAACAACAUGAACGGGCACAUUAUGGACUACAAUGGCAAAUGGGGUCGAUUCGACGAAAAUGAAGGUCCACCACCUAGAACGAACAGGGAAAAGUAUGCCCGCGAUAAGUCCACAUUGCAAGAGCUGUUCCAGGAUCUUCCCUUGCUACACAAUCAUCCGAUGGUGGUUGAGGACCAGUUUGUCAUCGCUUUCGAUGCUGCGCGGAAGUCCUUUGCAAGGGAAAACACAAAUAAGCAACCACCAAUCUGGACGUGCUUUGCUUUUCAAAUUUAUCUCGACAUUGUCUACUCUACCGAGGUUGGUGCGGGUUGGACACAGAUGCGCAACGAGUUUACUACACUUCACAGAUACGUUGAGGUCUACCCUAAAGCUUCUUCCGACAUGAGGAAAUUGGUCAAAUCAAUUGAAAAGAUCAUGAAGGUCGAUCCUCUCGCACUUAUCCGGGCGACGUUUACUUCUCCCUACAAGGACUAUACCAUGUGGCGUCGCAACCCCACACAUUGUGGUCUUUGGAUCCAUUAUGCACGAACCGUCUUCCACAGAGAAGCUGUCAAGUACGCCGCAACACCCGGGGCGGUCAUGUGCGUAACGCAAUUAUACCAUGCCCUGCGCCAGACUGAGCUUCUUUCGGAAGAGUGGAAGGAUCUUCAGACGCUGUGGGACAUGCAGGGAAAUUCGGCUUACUUCAUUGGAGAGUCCCCCAAAGACUUUGAGGGGCAUUGGAAGAACUAUCUCAUGGCUAUUGGUGCUUCAGCAACGAACUGGGCAACUUCGAAGAGGAACACGAAGGUCAAGGAGACCAAAGCAAACGCACGUUUAUUGAAGUUCAAGGGUCCAGUAUCGGCCUGGAUGGCUUCACGUAUUGCAACAAAUGGCGACGAACGACUCAUCACAGCCGAAGCCAUUGAAGACGCGAUCAAAGACGGCGCAAGCCAUCAUUCGUCCCUCGCCGCUGUCGCACCUACCAUUCAAAGGCAAUCCCACAUUAUCCAGAAAUUGGCCACUGCUCUCCACGCCGAGGCUCCAGAAAUCACCUUCGAUUACUUCACCAUGCACGACCUUUGCUGGGAGUUGAUGGGGAGGAUGAAAGAACGAUUCAGUCCCAUCAUUGCUGCCAAAUCUGGAAAACAGUGGGAAGCACAGAAAAGCAACCUGCCGUUUGUUGUUGGCUUCGUCUUCUCUACGGCCGCGGGCAAAAAGGAUAUCGAGACGGACGGUGUGCCUUCGGAAGAGUUGUUGAAGAUCGCUGCGCAGGUCACGGGGAAGUUCUUGGAGGAAGGUAAAGGUAGUGUGGUAACCGAUACUGGACGCCUGGAGGGACAUUUCGACUCAUUUGGGACAGAACAAGUGGAUAUGUGGAAAGCCGAGGUGAGAGACAAAGUCGGCCCUGGGAUCACCAACUCAGACAAUAUGACACCAGCUCCGCCUACGACUCCCCAUGCCUGCUUCGUCUGCAAACAGACUGCUGAACAACGCUGUUCCACCUGUAGUAACGCACGCUACUGCUCUACCGCCUGUCAGAAGAAAGACUGGAAGAUGCACAAGAUGCUUUGCAAGUCCUUCGCAGGUCUUGAGCCACGACCUGGUGCAGCCUUCUUCCGCGGUCUUCUCUUUCCCGGAGAUGAGCCUUUGCCACGUUUCGUCUGGAUCGAAUACGCCAACGUCAAGGACUUCGGAUCAAUAUCCUGCGAGCCUUUCCUCGGUCGCAACAUGUUGAAUCACAUAUCCCACACCUGGCCCACCCUCAAGCGCAUACCCUCGCACCGGGUCGGUAUCUACUAUCAUGACAACUACAUGAACGAGAACCUGCCCACCACUCCGAGUUUGACCAAAUGGCUGGGCCCAGCUGCAGGCAACUACUUCCGUGGACCUUUUCUGUCCCACGGCUACGAGAAUGGCAUUGAGCUUGACGAUGAGUUCGAGUCCGGUGAGGGAGGGCCCUGCGAUCUUGACACGUCGGCUUUGGCUACUCUGUUGGCGUUCUUCCAGGCGCAAGGUACCGUUUAUCUUGAUAGGAAGAGGUUCGGCAAAGGAUUCUCCCAUCCAAAUAUCAUCGAGGUGCGCUCCGAUGCGGACUGA